GGCCUGCGGAAGUCAAUUCCCGAGGCAACCGGGCCGCCAGGAUGAACAUCCGCAACGCCCGGCCCGACGACCUCAUGAACAUGCAGCACUGCAACCUGCUCUGCCUGCCGGAGAACUACCAGAUGAAGUACUACUUCUACCACGGCCUGUCGUGGCCCCAACUCUCCUACAUCGCCGAGGACGAGGGCGGCAAGAUCGUGGGCUACGUCCUGGCCAAGAUGGAGGAGGACCCCGAUGACGUCCCCCACGGGCACAUCACCUCGCUGGCUGUGAAGCGCUCGCACCGGCGCCUCGGCCUGGCGCAGAAGCUGAUGGACCAGGCCUCCCGGGCCAUGAUCGAGAACUUCGGCGCCAAGUACGUGUCCCUGCACGUCAGGAAGAGCAACCGGGCUGCUCUGCACCUCUACUCUAACACCCUCCACUUCCAGGUUAGUGAGGUGGAACCCAAGUACUAUGCCGACGGGGAAGAUGCUUACGCCAUGAAGCGCGAUCUCUCCCAGAUGGCAGAUGAGCUGAGACAGCAGCUGGUGCUGAAGAAGGGCAGAUAUGUGGUUCUGGGCUCCGGGGAGAACCAGGAGGCCCAGGGCGGCACUCUUCCUGGUGCCGAAGAGGCGUGUCAGCUGGAGAACCCUGCAGGUGAAGACAAGAGCAAUGACAGCUCUGAUGCCCGGGACAACUCAGAGGGCUUGGAUUCCACCUCCUAGAGCCUUGCCCAAGCAUUGCUGGUAUACAUGUCUCAACCACAUCUAUCCUGUGAACCCUGGCUUAGCCGUCUACUCUGCAAUGUCUUCUCUGGGGUUACCUCACAGUGACUCGAAUGGCUUCUCAUUUUCAACUCUCCAUGACCUUCCACAUAAAGCUACUGUGAUCAUGAAGGAAUACCUCGGCACAAGAGCCUGCUGUGCAAGGGCCAAGGAAGCUUGAGGCCUACCGUGACAGAGCAUCCCCGGCCUCCCCUCACCAUGCUGCCGUUGUACUGUUUGCAGUGGUCCUACGUUGGCCCGUGGUCAUGCGGCACAGUUGUCUCCUAGAAAUGCCCAACAGAAAGUGGGGAUAACUCUUGACAUCACAGGGACCUCACUAAGGCUGUAAUUGGCACCAUCAAGUUAGACCUCAUUCCCCCUUCCUCGUCCAGUGCAAGUUGUCUGUUUACUCUCGCUUUCUCUGGAACUCCCUGUGUCCUGACCUCUGCCUUCAAGGGGUAUUUUCCCCCUUUCCCAGUGGGAGAAUGUGAUAACGAAGAGCUCUACUACACCACACAAGCAGAGUGUAUGGAUUUUAAGAAAAGAACAAGCAGUAAUUAAACUGGACAAUUAUCUGCUUGCUCGCAUCAGUUGCUUUCUGUCUCUGUGUUUGCUUUCUUUUGUAAUGAUGUCACUUGCCAUUCUUGAGGUCGGAGAGUGCACGUGCAGUGCUGCGGCAUUUACUAACAUGUAAUCCUGUGGGUCACCCUGUGAGGUGGGCAUUAUUAAUUAUCUCUGUUUUACAGAUAGAUAAACAGAAGCAGUGCAGCAAAUAGCUGUUCGGGACUUCAGCCCAACCUGGCUCCUGUUGCUCCUGUUCAGAUUCUGUAUUUAUGUGCAAAACAAUGUUAAAAUGUCACAGAAAGGAGACUGCUGUUUAAAACUGUUCAGUGUUGUUGACUUAAUAUAUGACAACCACAUGUCAAUUGUAAAUAUUUAUCUAAUCUUCAGUUGUAGUCCCUGUUAGUGACUUAGGAAAUAUAAGUGAAGGAAAAGGGCUUUGACGCUGCAGAAGUCACAGGUAGAUCAAUUUAGAACUGAGUAAUGUUUUCAUGUUCUCUGUUAAUUACCAAAAUAUUCGUUUAUGUUUAGAUUUUUAUGAAACUGGAGUAUAUGGAUUUACAUCUAAGCCAUGACAUUAACCAGCUGAUGACAAGAGAUAAGUCUGUUCUCUGUAAUCCAUAUCAGCCCUAAUAAGUACUUCUUACAGAUCUACCUCAGUGUAUGGAGAAUGCCUGUCUAAGGGCGAAGGGUUGCCUGAGGCAGAGCUAGAACUCCAUUUUGUAUGUCCACAUGGUCCUCUCUGUCUUUCCAUUUUCCUUUUUAAUUUUCUCCCUUAACUCUUUCCCCUCAAGCAUGUGAUUAUCUCUUUAUUUUUAAAUAUUACCGCUUCCUAACAUCUGUCUCUAGGGCAGCAUAAUCUUACUGAUAAAACAUUCCAUGUUUUCCUUGAGCCCUUGGCAAUGUCUUCGUGUUAACAGCUCAGCAGAUGGAGAAACAGAAGGAGUAGCCUCAGCUUACCUGAGUGAUUUCUCUCCAGCUCAGCACCAGCCACAUCGAGUCUCUAGUAACCUGAUGUUAAUCAUCGGAGCAAUUGAGAAAUAAGAAAAGCUUCCAGACAUUUGCAGUGCCACUGACUAAAACUAUUGGCACUUUUCUUGGUUACCAGGAAACAACAGAAACCCAGCAAUGCAGCAGCCUACCUAGUUUGGGUUAUGCUUGUUUAGAUAAUAAGAGUAAACAGCAUUUAACAUUGUUUAGGGCAUGAAUUAACAAGUUCCAGAUGAUCCCACGAGAGCGCUGCUGACCGAGGAGAAGCAGCAGUUUCUCCCAAAUCCAGGGGUGGGCGCCUCUCGCUGCUUUUCUAACAGCAUCAUUCUUUUCUGACAGAGCAAAUUAUGAUUUUUUUUUUCUGAAUAGACUACUUACUUUUUACUUAGGCCUGGUCCUAGAGAGACCAAUGCAAGGAUGUAGAAUAGUUCAUGGUAUGAGUACAGUUGUGCUGGCUAUAGAGAAUGAUUCAGAUCCCUUCUUAAUGUGUGUCUUUACUGAAACUAUUGGGUGGACCUGCCUGUCAGCAAAUUGUUCAAAUGUACUACUCACCAGAUUGUAAAGUUUUAUUUAGUUGUGGCAUCAACUUGUGAAUGAAGCCUGUGAGUUACUUGGUUAAGAAUUUGGUUUUCCCUUUGAUAUAAGAGCAAUAAGCAAGCGAUGAUGAUAUGAAAUAAAAUAAUGGACUAUGGGGGUGAGUGAGACACAUGGAGUAGUGCUGGAAAUUGAAUCAAAGCUGGUAAGCUUUGAAAGGAUCAAGAAAUAAAGGAAUUUUUCUCAUUA